UGCAGAUUCGUGCAACUUAUAAUUUGAAUCAAGCAAUGGAGAAAAAGACGAGAAAUGUGGAAGUUUUUUCAUUACUGAUUCUCAUCUUACAUGCGGUAGUCUCUUUCAGCUCAAGAAGCGUGAAUUUAAAAACAGCUAACCCAGCCAGCAGACAAACCAACAGCCACACUGUCGGAAUGCAAAAUCCAACAUCAGCAUUUCGUACAUAUAUGUUAGGUGUAAUAAGCACAUUUCCCAUAGCUAAACAAUGCACCGUUCUCACUGCAAUACUCAAAGAUUCUGGGAAAGACCCUUCAAGUUUUAUUCAGAAAAUUCUGGCAACAACUUUUCAUCGACAUUUGCCGUGUUUUGCGAUCACAAAAUUCUCGGAAACGCCCGCAAGUACUACAGAGCUACGAACAUCCACCGAAUUUUAUAUUUCGAGACUAUUUGACGCCCUUCCCUUAGCAUUUCAAUGUAAAGUUGUUGCUGAUGUAACUCUCACGUCCCGCGGGAACGUCACGCAAGACGAUCUUCAUUCGGAAAUGAUAGAAGUUGCUUCAGAACUCAGCCAGGCUCUCGGAAUUGUUCGCUUCGUAGAAAAUGUACAAAACUAAUGACGAAAAAAGUGGUCACGAAUGCUUAUGUGGAAAUUGGCGUUCGUCUACGCAAGAAAAUGCCUCUUGAUGCUUGGACUGAACGAUUUCGAAAAAUUUUGCCAAAAAUUUAUCUCACUCACGUUUCCAGAAAAGGCAAAAUUGCAGAGUUUGUCAGCGGUUGGAAAACCAACAAGAGAGGCGCAAAAAUACCUAUACUUUCUCCAAAUCAAUUUGUUGUCAAGAUCUUAGACCAUCCAAUCGUGGGGGGUAAUGUUGCCAUGGUUUCAUUCUCAUUUUACUCCAGAACUAAGUCUGGUUAUUAUCAAGUUAUUGAUGGUGAUGAAAUUGCAGCGUCGCUUGCUGGACUGGACCCAUCGGUUUUGGACAGUUACAUCCAGGCAGAGGUGAUUGGAUGGCGGACUCAUGGCGAACGAAACAAUGGGAUGUUUGAAAGCGUGCGCAUGAGUAAGUCAAAGGGAAGCAAGUCGGAGAUUUUACGUCUGCAGAUGUCAUUUCCUAAGUAUCUUGUGCGUUAUUUUAAAUCGUUGAAAACGGAAGGACGAUGUUAUGUACUAUUACAAAUUAGCACACACAUUAACAGGGAGUUAUUAUUAAUUGAAAAACAAUAUCAUAACAUGGGUAUUUUACCUAAGAAGUAUUUCUGCUCUUCUCCGUCGAAGCAUGACCAACGCCCAAAAAACAGGAGACCUAAUGCUCUCACCACCGUUUGGCAAUUUUGGAUGAAUUUAUUCGGAAACCAAAACUUUCAAAUAUAACUCCAAAGCCUGCUAGAAAUACUACUGUAAUUCACACUACAAGACCAUUGAAUACAAUGGAAAUUGUUCUGUUUGUGCUACUGGGAUUUCUGUGUCUUCUCAUCAUGGUCUUCAUUGCCAACUGUGUUGUAUUUACAUUCAAAACAAAACAGCUGUCCGUUUAUUCAUCCAAACAUGAUGAAACGAAAUAUGUUUUUGGUGUGGAAGGUCCAAAUGAAAUUGACUCUACUUCAUCUGAGUCCGAGAUAACGGCAAAAAGUUUAUGCGAUACUCCAGGGUUUGGCAAGAAAUCAAAAUUAGCAAUGAAGAAUAGAUUGUUGAGUGAAACAAGCGAUGUCACCACAUGGAGUGAGACCACAAUGCUUACUGAAAUCGAACAUGAACGAGUCAGUGCAGUUUGAUUGACUUUUUGAAAACCGUGUUCCUGUUGUUGUUUCUAAAAAACUCAAAAACUCAUUAAUCGACUAUAGGCCAAAAGAAGUCAUGAGAACUGGUGUUAAACAAUCAUUCCUAGUCAAGUGUUUUCUUUCGUCCAGCUUUUCGAUUAUUUCUAUAUUCACUGACUGAAAAUGCGAAAGAUUACUAAGAACCACCUAAGAACUGAACUAUUACAGUACGCACAUGAAAAUAGGCUACCCUUCUGAUUUUAGUCCAUUUUAUGACAAAAGUUUCCCUGAGUGAUUAAGCUACAUGAUAGUCACAUGGCAUACACAAAAAGUUAUAUUUAUUGCAAAUAUUAGUUGUGAAUUAAAUAAAACUAUUGAAUUAUUGUUGAAAA